AUGGGGUCCGUCCACGUGCGACCAUGUGUUGAUGAGUUAAAUUCUAGCUCACCUUUUGAACCUACUCAAAUCACCCUUCUCUCCUCUCACUCCCCUCCCCCACUGCCCUUGACUAUGCCCCCGCAGUGGUGGUGGGGUCUGUCCACGGGCGACCAUCCAGAGCUCAUCAAGGCCCGCUUCGCCAGUAUCCGCAAUGAGAUCUGCAAUGCGGUGGCAGUGGCUCGCCUGCUCAACGCCACUCUGCUCAUCCCUCACUUUCAGAUCAACCCUGUGUGGCUCGACGACAGCCAGUUCGAGGACAUAUUCGAUGUAGAGCACUUCAUGCGCUACCUACAGCGCGACGUGCUGAUAGUGAGGCAGCUGCCGCACAAGUACCGGUGGAGCACGCGGGAGUUCUACAGCACGGGCGUGCAUCAGAACCGCAUCAAGUUCGCGCCCAUGCACGCCUCCCCCGAGUGGUACCUCAAGAACGUGCUGCCGAAGCUGCAGCGGCACCUGACACCUGCCCCUCCCGUCCUUCACCUGCCCCUCCCGUCCUUCACCUGCCCCUCCCGUCCUUCACCUGCCCCUCCCGUCCUUCACCUGCCCCUCCCGUCUCUCUUCCACCCUUCCCCUCCUUGUUCUUCCCUCCAUCCGCUCAUCCCCACUCCUCCACCUGCACCUAGCGUGGUGGCGAGCACUCUUCACCCCACCCCCCAUGGAGUGGUGGCAAUAGCGCCCUUCACCCACCGCCUUGCCUUUGACGGGCUGCCUCCAGACGUGCAGCGCCUGCGCUGCCGUGUGAACUUCCAUGCGCUGCGAUUCGUGGAGCCCGUCCGCAGGCUCGGUACCGGUUGUGCGUGUGAUCAGGGGUUCAGAGCAGAGGUGCAGCUCCUGCGCUGCCGAGUCAACUUCCAUGCGCUGCGAUUCGUGGAGCCCAUCUGUAGGCUCGGGAGGAUUCUGGUGGAGCGACUGAGAGACCCCAACAGGCGGCAUGUGAAGCGAGGGGUGCUUUUUGGGAAGGGAGGUGAUGUGUCGAGUUAUGGCGGCAAGGGGAAGGUGGGAGGGAUUGGGGAGGGAGCAGCGGAAGGAGAGAAAACAGCAGCAGCGAAAGAAGCAGAGGACGAAUCUGAGAAAGCGGCAGAGAUGGCAGCAGCGAAAGAAGCAGAGAUGGUGGAGCAGUUGCAGGAGGAGGCUCGUGCUGGUGCUGGUGCUGGUGCUGGUGCUGGUGCUGGUGCUGGUGCUGGUGCUGGUGCUGGUGCUGGUGCUGGUGCUGGUGCUGGUGCUGGGGUAGGAGAGGAUGGAAAGAGGGCGGAGAUUGUGAGUGAAGGAAGAGAGGAGACGAAGGAAACGUUUAAAGAGGCUCUUGCAGGGGAAGGAGAGGGGAAGGGAGGGCGGGAGAGGGAGGAGGGUGUGGGUGGAGGCGAUGUGUCAGGUGCUGCUGGUGUGAGGGUGAUUGAAGAUGGAAAAGGCCUGUCUGGGAUAUCGACUCGUGCAGAUGGUGAUGGUGAUGGUGAUGGUGAUGGUGAUGGUGAUGGUGAUGGUGAUGCUGGUGGUGGUGGUGAUGCUGGUGGCUUGCAGCAAGGGAGCAAGGGUGGUAUCGAAGCAGUGGAGGAGGAUGAGGAAGGGGAAGAGAGGGAGGUGGAGGCGGAGGGGGGAGGUAAGAGGAGGUUGCUGCAGGAGAGUCGGGGAGGGGUGGGGGGUGGAGUAAGUGUGGCCAAGGGAGGAGGCGGAAAAGGAGGAGGAAGAAGAGGAGGUGGAGCAGGGGUGGGUAGGAUGGGCGAGGAGGAUUCGGAGGAGGGGAGUGAGGGCGCGUUUUGGAGCGAGGAUGGAGUGAUAGACGAGGCGGCAAGGGAGAGAGUGAGACGGGCGUUGCGUGCAGGGCGAGAGGGGCGAGUGGUUCCGGUGAGAGCAGGGAGCAUCACUGCUGGGAAUGGCAGUGCGGGGAAUGGGAGUGGGGGGAAUGGCAGUGCGGGGAACAGCAGUGGAGUUGGGAAAGUGGAGGUGGGAGUGGUGUUGAAUGAAGAAGGGGGUCCUGUGGAUGGUUUGUCGCAGAUAGAAGAGAGUGACGAUGGAGGGGACACGGGUGAUGGGGAAAGCAGUGCAGGCGGGAUCCGCAGCAGCAGCAGCAGCAGCAGCAGCAGCAGCAGCAGCAGCAGCAGCAGCAGCAGCAGCAGCAGCAGCAGCAGCAGCAGCAGCAGCAGCAGCAGCAGCAGCAGCAGCAGCGGCAGCAGCAGUGGCAGCAGCAGCAGCAGUGGCAGCAGCAAGGAGGGUGGUGCGGGCAGCAGUAGGUUGUUGAGUGGUCGGCCGCUGCUGGGGAAGGAAGGAAGGUGGGGGCGCAAGGAGGGGAAGAGCAAGAAAUAUGUGGCCAUGCACCUGAGGUUUGACAUGGACAUGGUGGCGCACUCAGCGUGUGACUAUGGCGAGACGUGGGCGGAGCGCGAAGCUUUAUCAAAGUACCGAGAGUAUGCGUGGCUGGGGCGAGUGGACAAGCUGCGCUUCUCCUCUGAUGAGCUGCGCCUGGCCGGCAAGUGCCCCCUCACACCAGAAGAAGUGGGACUCGUGCUGGCUGCUCUCGGCUUCUCUGGCAAGACAAGGCUCUAUGUGGCCACCUAUCAGCGCCCCCUCACACCCGAGGAGGUGGGGCUCGUGCUGGCCGCCCUCGGCUUCUCAGCGAAAACUAGGCUCUAUGUGGUGACGUACCAGCUGCGCCUCGCGGGCAAGUGCCCCCUCAUACCCGAGGAGGUGGGCCUUGUAUUGGUUGAUCUCGGCUUCUCGGCCAAAACAAGGCUCGAUGCGGCGACGUACCAGGCGCGGCCCACAGGAGAUGGGGCUUGUGCGUGCCGCGCUCUGCUUCCUCCAGGUGUCGGGCGAAAAGCGGAUUAA